AUGAUUCACGUGGACGAAACAGAUCCUCUCGGUGACAUACCACCAGCGUUCCCGUACCGAGAGGUGGAAAUUAAGCGCGGCAUCGAUCCAAAACAGAUAUACGAGCUCAGCUCCGAACUUGGCAGAGGAAAGUUCGGUGUCGUCUACAAAUGCAAGGAAAAGUCCACUGGCGUCCGUCUGGCGGCCAAAUUCAUCCAGAUCGUAAAGAAGGGCGACCGGCGCAACAUCGAACGGGAGGUGCACAUGAUGAACGUACUGCACCAUGCGAAGAUCGCCCAACUGUACGCGGCGUACGAGUACGAUCGUACCUUCUGCGUCAUGAUGGAGCUCGUCGAGGGUGGCGAACUGUUCGACCGGGUGCUGGACGAGAAGUUCAUACUCACCGAGAAGGCGUGUGCGAUCUUUAUGCGCCAGAUCUGCGAUGCGGUUGCGUACAUACACGGCAAUAACAUCAUUCAUCUGGAUAUGAAGCCGGAGAACAUUCUCUGCCUGACGGAGAGCGGGAACCGGAUCAAGAUAAUCGAUUUCGGGCUGGCGCGUGAAUACGAUCCGGAUAACAAGCUGCAGGUGCUGUUCGGGACGCCCGAGUUUGUGGCGCCGGAGGUGGUGAACUUUGAGGCGAUCUCGUUUGCGACCGACAUGUGGAGUGUUGGCGUUAUUGCCUACGUACUUGUCUCCGGACUAUCGCCAUUCGCCGGUGAGGAUGAUAUUCAGACAAUGGGAAACAUCACCAUAGGACGGUACGAUUUCCUGGACGAAGCGUUCGAUAACGUGUCCGAAGAGGCUAUUGACUUUAUUAACCGAUGUUUGGUGAAGGAACAAAAGGAACGACUAACGGCCGAAGAUGCACUCAAACACAAGUGGAUCAAGCGGAAACCUCAGUACCAUCCAACAAAUCGGCGACCAUCCCUCACCAGCUUCAAACCAAUUCUGCUGGAAAGCAAUAAUAACAGUAGCAAUGUUACGGUAGGCGAUAAGCACAACGCCGAAAUAGCUAAGGACAACCUGAAGGAGCUGGUGGGCAAGUGGGACGAAACGCCCAACAAUCGGUACGCGUUCGAGCAGGACACGGAGAACAUCAUUGCCCCGUCCGGCGAAACCGUACAGCUGCGAAGACCGACGCUACCGGAGCUGGCAGGGCUAGCGAACGGCAGCAGCAAUACGUCCGGCAGCCGGAGAGGCAGUAUAGCGCGAGCCAUUGACGUGAAUGAAGAUCAGGAGAGCAACGUCGAGAAUGAAGCGCCUAAUGGUGGCGAUCUGAACCACAGUAACCCUUAUCACUGCGGCGAUCAAAAGCAGCAGCAGCAAUAUGAGCCGAACGAGCAGCCUAUAGUGCUUGAACUGACGCAGCAAAAAGACUCCGCAUCGAUAGAGCCCGAAACCAUCCGUACCUCGUUGCUUGGUAACGGCUUUACGCUCCCAACUAAUACUAGCAGCUCGCAACUAGCAGCAGCAACAGCAGCAGCGCCUGCUAUAUGCACUACUACUAACGAACGAUUUGACAGCUGUUAUCGCAGCAGUGUGACAUCUAACUCCGCCGACCACGAUGUAGAAACUGUGCGGGAGAGUAAUGCUGGUAUUAAAAGUAGUAGUUGUAGUGGUAGUAGUAAUAGUGUUUGCAAUAGUGAUAGCAAUACCAGUAUUAGUGACUAUAGUAGCUUAGCGAAGGAGCAGAACAGUUCAUCUGCUACUACUAACCAGCAGCGAGCUUGCGCAGCUGGCGGUGAUCUUGAGCCGGCAUCAACGAUCACCGUCAGUGUCGUCCCACCCUCCACACCUGCACCCACAGACAACACACACACUGAUGCGAACCGUACGUCCGUGUCGUCCGAUUUCUUUUGCCUUUCCGCAGAUAGCGAUUCGAUGGCGUCCUCCUGUGACACCACGGCAAGCGUUUGCACGGAACCGGCCACAUCACCCACGACCAUACCCGCUGACAGUCAGCCACCACACAACCACCUACACGCACCAUCAUCACCUGCCCAAACGGAACCACCGGUAGCGAAUUCCGUGCGUGACAGUGUGAUCGAAACACACCGGGACAAGGUACGUGACGAUUUGCGCAAACUAUCCGAUUUACUAAAGCUUUCCCUCACGAACGUGAAGGCACUGGACGGGGUGGACACUGCUAGUGAGGACGGUUCCAUGGUGACCUCACCCACCACACCCGCGCCCGCGCUGGAGCAGCUGGAUAGUGAGCUGGAGAACCUGAAGUCGAAGGUGAACACCAUCCGCACGUCCCGGGCACAGAACAAACUGAACGAGCUGGCCCAACGGCCCGAAUUUCUUGCCAACGAUCCGUUCAAGCUGCCAACGUUCCGCUUCCUGCCCAAAUCGAUCAGCCUCUGCAAUGAGGAUUCGGUGUUCAAGGAGAACUAUACCAAGUUUUGUGAUCGGAAUGCGACAUCGCGCGAAUGCCGGGAGGAAGCGUCCCGGGAGGUAAGCGUCAGCGAGAAGGCAAACGCAACCGGGACGGUCGUGCGCAAGAAGUCCACCACGUCGUCGACAGCCAGGAAGAAAAAGAACCCGGAAGAGGCGGCAUCCACAACGACGACGACGACAACAACCACCACGACGUUCGCCAGCACUGCGUCGGGACGGAUCGCUUCGACCACGACCGUCCGGAAGACGAUCGUUAAACAGCAGAAGGUAGUGGUGGACGAGGCCAGUUCCAACGCGCAGGUCACUACCGGUGGCAUCGCGGAGAGCAGGAGAACGAUCGCCCCCACGAAGAGUCUCGAUGCCCCAUCGGAAGCUAAGCUAACCCAUUCGGCUUCGAUCAAACGGACAAAGUUUCGCGUCAAUCAGCUCAGCAGCCGGGAUGUACCGGUAGCGAUCAAUUCCGUCGCCCGGCGAUAUCUCGAGCGAAGCGGCGUCCCGGAUGAUCUUUUGACGGCGGGUACCGGUCGGAUGGGCCACACAAUUACCCACCAGCAACCCGGUCAGACAACGCUGGACGAUACGGUGACGGUGAACAAUCUGCGCAACAACGCGAUACGACUGCGCAGCUCCGUGUCGGUCGAUUGGGACGCGAUGGAUGCGGUCGAAAAUCGUUCGAUGAAGACGAUCAACACCUUUCUGAAGCGUCACGCGGUGGCCAGCUCGGCUGUGAAACAGAUACAGGCACAGCUGGAGGCAAGCAUCACCACGCACAAGUAG